AUUUUUGCGGGACUUUGCGGAAUGCUUCCGAUGGAUUACUCCAAGAUCAAGCGUGAACCUACAGCAGAAGCUCACGGACACGACUACUCCACCGGGGACCGGAGGUUCGCGGAACACAGAGAGCGGGUGAGACAAACGACCGCGGAUAUGGCGAGAGAAGCCGGCUUUGCAUCCUCUCACCGUUCGGGUGGCCAACGGAGCUCUUUGGGGACUUCUGCAGCGGCUGAGAGUGUGGAGAGAGACACGCCGACGCAUAGAGGCACUUUCCACGCUUCCAUGCCCCCCACCAUCCAGGGCGAAUUAGCUUGUGACCACUUCCUCCAGGCCCUGCUUCCUGAUGAGCUGCGGAUCCAGACACUGUUAGCUCACCCUAAAUCCCUUCAGGAGGCCCUGGAGCUGGCUACAGAGAGAGAGUUACUGUGCGCUGGGGCUGCUAAACCCCUGACUGAGCUGACCAGGCCACCGCAGAUGGGGGCUACAGGAGGGACUGCACCGGGUGCCGCAGAACCCGCAUGGGCGGAGGGAUUGACCCACUUGGUGAGAGCUGUCACGCUACGUGGGGAACAAAGGCCGAGAAGAGGGCCGAGGGUCUGCUGGGGAUGUGGACGGCCGGGUCACCUAGCCCAAGACUGUCCCCACGCCACCCGGAUCAGGGAAACGACAUGGGGUCUGCAUAACCGGGACGAUGCAGGACCCUGGGGCUGUGUCCCGACCUCCUGUUCCGGGAGGAACAACCCAGCUCAGGGCCCACGGGGGUGCACAGCGCCCCUGCGGAGCUGUGGAUGGACCGAUGGAGCGGCUUGUUCUGUUGGGCAGGACUUGGGUUGGCAGCUGCUGGUAUGCCCCAUUAGUUGUGAAUGGACUAUGCUGCUCAGCCCUGGUGGAUACCGGGUCUUCAGCGACAGUUUUAAGACCUGAUGUGGUGGGAAGGGGGGAUCGCA